CAGUGUAUUUUGUAAUGUAACGCGUUGCAGGCGGCCUAAGCAGCCUAAGUGGUCACUUGACAAACUUUAGCUGCGUCGUGCCAUCAUGUAUACGGAGUGUGGACGUAUUUGUGGCUGCGUCCUGCUUUUCCUGAUUUUUGGAAGCUGCAGCGCACAGAUCGGCAGCAAAUGCACAUUCCUUAGCUGUCGCUUCGCCAGGCACGCUGCUUGCGAUGCCAACAAUAUCUGCCGGUGCAAGCCGGACUACCCUGUGCAGGUGUCACCGCUCAAGUGCGCAAAAGCACGACGAAAUCUGGAGGUGUGCACUGACAGCAAAGAAUGCACCGUUACAGAUGCAAAUAUGUACUGCUCUCAAACGUCAUCGCAGAGUCGUUGCGAGUGCCAUAUUGAUUUCACCUAUAACGAAGAGUCAAGAUCCUGUGAACCUUUGAAGCUUCCUCCCGUGGCACCAGACAUUCUUUUGCCCAUGGCUGUGGGUGUUUCAGUAGCACUGUCCAGCAUGCUCUGCUGCUUCCUUGCCCUGUGGCGACUUUGUAAACGGGCCAACAAUAACUUCCUGAGCAGUUUACAAACCAGUGGCAGUGUAAAUUCAAGAGCGACACGGGAGCACACGCCUGUCCGGACGCAGGACUCGUGGAGUUCCGAUACGUUGCCUUCAUACGAAGCAGCAGUGUCGCUAAAGAGGCCAUCAUCGUCUCAAGAAGACCCUCCACCACCAUACAGUGAAGCUGUUACACUGCAACUACCCUUGUCUGAAACAAAAGUGUGACCACGGUGCUUCUACUGACAAGUCUGGAUCCUUCCCAAGCGUUGCUGUAUCAAGCACAGGCCGGGCCAUAUUGGUCGCAUGGAUCUCUUCGGGCUGACAUAGAAUAACGAGACAACACAGAAUGCUCACUGCCGGUCUAAAAGUGAAUGCACCGGACAGCUGCCUGCCAUGGGUGCCUCUGUGUCUUGUCAGCGGCUCGUGGAAACUUACGGCCAAUCAUUCCACUACUGCAAGUGGCAUGGAACUUCCCAGCAAUGUCAUCUGCAAACGGGGAGAGAAACUUUACGAUUUUAAGUGACUCGCCAGCUUUGACCUUGUUUUAUGUAAAUUGACAGUGAGCCGACGUUAUGCACAGGCAAGGAGUGUCCAAUCGUGGUAUAGUAUGACAGUGUAGUGGCCUUACUGAGUUGUUAAUUGCAUUGUACCAUUGGCUGGCUGUAGCACACACUUUCCGUUUACAAGUAGCACAGUUUUUUGUUCUCCAUUCGAAUCAGCAAGAAUGGAACAGUACAGCUUUACUGGUAUAUUUUGCACAGGCUCGUAGGAAGUGAUGUUAACCAAGAUACUAUGUGAAUUUUGUACAGUAGAGCUUCUCCAGGUUUGUUUCUAUAGCAGCCCCUGCCUUUAUGCGUGAAACUUGUGGAUCGGUCAAGCCUACAUGUAGCCAGCGCAAUCGUCACAGUGAUUGUACUGGUGUAUCACUCCUGUUUUAACUUUGGACCAGGCUUCAGGAUGUGGACUUUACGAAACCAGAUCGAAACUGACAAGAAUUUCCUUUGAAAUGCAAAAUUAGUAACGUAAAAACAGGCGGGUGUUCUAGGAAGGCCUUACUGGCAGCCUUUCACUUCAGGGAUGCAAAUUCACCAUUAGCAGUGCAUAUGCUCGCAGUGUGGUCAUGCUGUUGGAAGUUUCAGUAGUGUCAAAGCAUUUAAUGCCUGUUUGUUUCAAGCAAAACAAGUUAUCAAACCCAUUAUCUCCACCGCAUUUUGAAAUUUAUCAUGCGAGACAUGAAAGGAACUUGUAUUGCAUGUGAUCAGGUAACUGAAGAUUAUUGAGAGGUAAGCCCCACCACGGUGGUCUAGUGGUUAUGGCACUCGACUGCCGACCCGAAAGUCGCGGGAUUGAAUCCCGGCCGCGGUGGCUGCAUUUUCGAUGGAGGCGAUAAUGUUUGAGGCCGUGUAAUUAGAUUUAGGUGCACAUUAAAGAACCCCAGGUGGUCGAAAUUUCCAGAGCCCUCCACUAAGGUGUCCCUCAUAAUCAUAUCAUGGUUUUGGGAUGUUAGACCCGAGAUAUUAUUAUUAUUGAUAGAUAAGCAAGUACAGUGGCACGAACUGUAAUAAAUUCGAAAAAUAUGCAUUUGAUAUAUUACAGUCACAGGGGAUAAAAAACAGGCAAGAACUUAAGUGGCCACACAACUUAACUGCUUAUCACUUUGAUAAAGCGAUAAGGAAUCUCUGAAAAGAAAGCCUACCACAUCCGGCUUGCUUAUUGAUAUCAGACGGAAAACUAAGGGGAAUGGAGAAUGUCAUUUCGUUUGCAGUGUUCGGAGGAACUCUGCGGUGUAAGUAAAAGAGGACAGAACAUGCACCAAGUCAGUUUGCACCUGUUCACUACUUUCAAGAAAAUACUGCUUUGAGCAUGCAAAUAUCCGGCUGUCAGUCUCAGUGCCAUAGGUUGGCAUCAAACAAGUCUUGCUGAACUGUCUUUGUUUGUGAUAGCUGAGCACACACUUAUGUGGAACUGUUGUAAAUGGGCUCGGCUGCGCUAGUGCACUCCAAGGUGCACUCCAAAGCACUUUACUACAGUAAUGCGGGGUUUAAAAAGAUAGAGCCGCAAGGCUGCAAAGGGACCAUUGAAGCUUGCAAAUCAGUCUGCAGUUCUCGUGUGGGAAGUUGUUAUAUUGGUCAGGCUUUGAUCGAAAUAUGGCAGCAUUCUGUUUCGUAAGUAAGUGUGCCACAUCAGCGGGUUGAAUGCAGAUAUACCAUGUUCCUCUUUGCUUGCAUGCUAAGCAAAGUCACCGCAACGGACUCAUAAUUGCGGAAAAUGUAUUUAUUGUCUUUUUAUUUUUUAGUGGUACUAUACUAGUAGUAGCAUGCGUGUGGAUUUUUCAUCUGAAAUGUGUGUAUGUGCAUGUGUGUGUGUAUAUAUGGUAUACUUCUAGCAAACAUUCUUGUAUUGGUGAUCAACUGUGCGUGAACACUAAUGUGAAGAGUUAUUGGUAGCUUCACUUUCCUAGGCACAUUCUUAGACAUUCCAUUUUGCUGUCAGGCAGAACAUGUGCAAAGAAGCAAUCCUAUUCAGCACAUUUGAUAAGACAGAACAGUUACAUUCUACAAGCAUAUUCACUGAAAAUUGCCUUUAAAGUAAGGGUGUGCGAAUAGUGAAAUGUUAUCUCGAAUCGAAUUCGAAUAGAAUAGUGCCGAAUAGUGGCCAAAAAUGUCGAAUAUCGAAUCGAAUAUCGAAUACAAAGCAUUUUGUUGAAAAUUCAAAGAAAGAAGAACGGUAAUGCUGCGCUUCAUCGUCAUGAGUGCUCUGGGCCCAAAAAUCUUCGGCUGCCUGUUGACAGCAGCGUUUUAUUUGCGCGCCGGAACGAUGGGAGUUUCUGAUCGAGUGGCGCGGUGCAGCAGUGGCGAUCGCACAGCGUGAACAAAUUUUCAUAUGUCAAGCCAUUCAACGAGGGUUUCGCGGGCCAAAUUCGGGACGUUUACAGACACGAACUUUGCAAGAAGUCCGUGUCUUCGUUUCGGAAGCGAAGUUGUGAACGGCUUGAUAGUUCUCGAAUGUGUUCUUUUUGUUUACGGAAAUGGCAUAAUCUCCUUUAAAAUAAACUUGUGGUCACUUUAAGCCAGGAUAUCGGUGCAAGUUUUAACGAAAGGUGUACUGUAAAGGUGUUAGCGUUAGUUUUAGCUACUCCACCCUAACCAAGUUGCACAGUUGGCCUUUGUCGCGUUUUAGAUAUUCGUCUUAUCGAAUUAUUCGAUUAGGUGUUGUUCGAUUUGAAUUCGAAACUUGAAUAUCCACACACCCCUACUUUAAAGCAGUUAUAAGCCAAUAUAUCUGCUGACAACUCCUGUGCAUGCCAGCUUAAUAAAUGUGCAGUUACGUACGGCAUGGCAGCAAUCCAUUGUGGGUAAAACACUAUCAAAGAAGCAGCAAGAGCAUCGUGGACUGUUGCUUUGCAGGCAACACACUGGAUCUGUACAAAAGCAGAUCUCUUGAGCCAACAUACAGAGCACGUACUUCAUAUUCACUACCCGUUCUAGCAUACAUGACGAACCACAUUGUAACAGUUUUUUACGUGCAGCAAGCUAAAACUAGACUAGAAUUGGACUUUUUUUUUAUUCGGCACUUCGAAGUAAAAUUUGGUGCAAAGUAUAUGGAUUUCUGUAUAAUUCGUUGCAAGGGAUACUUCAUAACAGUACAUCUUCUUCAACAGGUGUGCUUUCUGUGAGAUUCGAGUUAAUAUUGGCCUUUACAAGGCAGCAAGAGGUGAAAAUUAGGCAGCUCAAUUACAGCAAAGGCACUUUAGAAUCCUCUUGAAUUCUGGACGCUCUUGACGUUAGGUUUCCUCUUUGUUGCUUUCAGUUUCUAUAAAGAAAUAAUUCAGUGCACCUCACUGUAACGGGUACUCCAUACUUGCUCAAGGUGCUCCUUACCGAAUUCAUUAAGUAGGACUUCCAACACAGUUGUUUGCUCAAGGUACGUCGGUGCCAUUCGCACGGCCUAUUGGCCUCCAAAAUAUGCCAAGUAAGCGUCUCUCACUGACUAGCGUGCGAACGGUGUGAUUUGCAUACUUGCAAUGACCAACGUUGCCAAUUUUUAAAAUUUUUAUCUUGAAGAUUUCACAAGCAGAUUGUGCCUGCAUUCGUGCCUACAUUUUAGAUGCCUUUUCGAGGGCUAAAAACGCACGAGAAAAAGAUUUUGUAGCCUUUUUUUUAACAGACUGACAGACUGGCACUUUACACCAAACGGGUUUGUACCACGUGAAUCCACGAGAUUAAUUGUACAUGUCUUCAGCACACUAUUUGCAUGCUGAUCGCUGUGGAGUAUUUUUCAGACACACCACGCAUGCGUCUUGUCGAAUCGUGGAGCAGAGACCAACAUUUAAGACUGACUAUGUGUAACACAUUACAUAUUUUGAUCUUUUUUUUUAUGGAAUGGUUCUUUACACCAUGUAUUUUAUAGAACAAUGUUGCUUAGGAGUGCCUGUGCCUGUAUGUACGUCACUGACAGCUUGCUGCUAUAGCGAUUUCUCAUUGCGCUUUGAGUGUUCAAUUUAAAAGGAUCUAAGUAGUUUUUGCUGAUAAUAGUGCGUGUUGCUAGGCUUGUGCGGAUAUUUGAGCGCUUUGGAUAUUUCAGUUAAUAUUACAGUAUUCGAAUUCACUUUGACAUGCAUUUCAAGUUUCCGAAAUUUUAAAGUAUUUGAAACUAACAAAUGUAAAUAUUUUACCGCAUGUAACUGGCCUGAAAAGGUGGUUUCAUUGGAGCGUGGGGUGCCAAUGCCAUGGCACCACCUAUUCAGGGGAAUGCCGCACUGCCGCAAAGCUAGGCUUCAAGGUUUAGGCGUGCAUGUUACUUGGACCCCAGUUCAUUUUGUUUUUUAAUCUUAAAGGGGUACUGACACCAUUUUUCAAAGCCGAGUUUACUCUGCCAUGCAGAUUUCCUGCACACAGAGACUGCUCUGAGCAAGUGUAAUGCUCAGGGAGCGUGGAUAUUUUAUUUUGACAAUAAAGUCAGUUUCCGUACGGCGCAAAUACAGACAUCGACACUAGUGCGACGUCAGGCUCAGUACCAAUUCCGGUGGCUUCAUGCACCACCAGUAUGGCUAGUUGUGAUGAUGUCAGGUACCAAAACAUACAAAAUGGCCUCUUGUGCAUCACCAACAGAGCCACAGAGCAGUGCUGCCAUAAAAACGUCGCGAUAUCUUGCACAAGCUUGAACAAAAAGCUAAUACUGUGUGGCGACGUCAGGGUACAGUGGCGACUGAAACUAGUUUUUAAAACAUGUAAUUAAUUUUUCAGGGCACACUCACGCAUACCACUACAUGCCCUUGUGGGCUUGGCCUUUCAUUCAACGCAAACAAACAACUGAAAUUUUUCGUGUCAGUACCCCUUUGGGUUAAGCACAUUGAAUUUUAAAGCUUAAUUUUACUGCUUAUAACUUGCAUCCUACCACUACUCAAAUCCCAUUACUAUUUGAAUUCACUUCGAAACUAUGCGGUACUACUUACCAUUGGCUUCAACUUAGCGUUGAACCAAGUAAGUGAUAUUUGUACAAGCCUACAUAUUGCGUAAAAACAAAAGAACCGUAAUGUAUCUUGGGAACCAGUGACAGCAUACUUUGUCACAGCAGAAACGACAUCUGGCAGUUGUAAAUUCUUGACUGCAUUUGUGGAUUUUUUUUUGUGUACAUGUGUGUAUUCACUACCUACUGAUGAGUGGACGAGUGCCAAGCUUUCGUGCAUUGAGAAGGCAGUAUAGCUUGCGCUGUAUACAUUUCAAUAAUACAUAGGACUGCACUGAAUGUCAUGUAUAGUACGACUUAUGGCCAAUGGAUUGCUGAUUUGUGUAGAUAAAUUGCACGCGCCAUGUGGAUUUUUUAUUAUUGCGGCACCCCUUGAACAACAAGUACGCUUAUUGCCGAGUAUAGUAUUUUUUUUUUUUGUAAAUACUGCAUACUUUGCCCAAAGAAUAAUAAAAA